AUGUCUUCCCAAUCUCUCGAUGCUGAAGAGCAGCAAUACCAGGACGAGGUUGCUGCCAUCAAGCAAUGGUGGACCUCACCUCGCUGGAGAUACACCAAGCGUCCUUUUACCGCCGAGCAGAUUGCAAACAAGCGUGGAAACUUGACGAUCCAGCAUCCUGGUAAUGCCCUCUCAAAGAAGCUGUGGGACAUUGUCGAGAAGAGAUUCGCCGUAAAUGCUAGUUUCACCUACGGAUGCCUUGAUCCCGUCAUGGUCACACAAAUGGCCAAGUACCUCGACACCGUUUAUGUUUCGGGCUGGCAAAGUUCUUCGACAGCAUCGUCAACAGACGAGCCCGGACCAGAUCUUGCGGACUACCCUUACACGACCGUCCCAGACAAGGUCCAACACCUCUUCAUGGCCCAGCUGUUCCAUGACCGCAAGCAACGCCAUGAAAGACUCUCGACCNCCGCUUCCGAACGCAAGAACCUCGCCAAUACCGAUUUCCUUCGUCCAAUCGUUGCCGACGCCGAUACUGGUCACGGUGGUCUCACAGCAAUCAUGAAGCUUACAAAACUGUUUGUCGAAAAAGGUGCCGCCGGCAUCCACAUUGAAGAUCAAGCCCCUGGAACCAAGAAGUGCGGACACAUGGCAGGCAAAGUGCUCGUCCCUAUCAGCGAGCACAUCAAUCGUCUCGUGGCCAUUCGUGCCCAAGCCGACAUCAUGGGCAGCGAUUUGCUCGCCGUCGCCCGCACAGACUCGGAAGCCGCGACCCUCAUCACCUCCACCAUCGACCCCCGUGACCACGCCUUCAUCGUCGGCGCCACAAACCCCGCCCUCCAACCCCUCAGCGAACUCAUGGGCGCCGCAGAAGCAGCAGGCAAAACCGGUGACGAGCUCCAAGCCAUCGAAGACGCCUGGACAGAGCAAGCACACCUUAAGCUCUUCUCCGAAGCUGUCGUCGACACCAUUCACGCCGGUGUCCACGUCAACAAAGCCGAGUUGAUUGCUCAAUACACCGAACAAGCCAAAGGCAAGUCCAACGCAGAGUCGCGCGCCAUCGCCAAAGCCCUCACCGGUGUCGACGUCCACUUUGACUGGGAGUCUGCCCGCACACGCGAAGGCUACUACCGCUAUCGCGGUGGCUGCCAAUGCGCCGUCAACCGCGCCAUUGCCUAUGCACCCUACUGCGACAUGAUCUGGAUGGAGUCCAAGCUCCCCGACUACGCCCAAGCCGAGGAAUUUGCAACAGGCGUUCAUGCAGUGUGGCCAGAGCAGAAGCUGGCUUACAACCUCAGUCCUUCGUUCAACUGGCAAACCGCUAUGAGCACUUCCGACCAAGAGACUUAUAUCAAGAGACUUGCGAAACUGGGCUAUUGCUGGCAAUUUAUCACAUUGGCUGGUUUACAUCAGACUGCCUUGAUUUCUGACUCUUUCAGCAAGGAUUAUGCGGCUAGAGGUAUGCGUGCGUAUGGAGAGACUAUCCAGAGCAAGGAAGCUGCGAACGGCGUAGAAGUCCUCAAGCACCAGAAAUGGUCGGGCGCCAACUACGUAGACGAGCUUCUCAAGAUGGUUUCUGGUGGUGUGUCCAGUACUGCUGCCAUGGGCAAAGGUGUCACGGAAGAUCAGUUCAAGGCUAUUGAUCGACCUGGCGAGAGUGGAUACAAGGCUGAGGAGAAGCAUUGA